AUGGAUGCUAGGCUUUCAGAUAUAUGCAUUGGUACAUCUGCUGCUCCAACAUAUCUUCCUGCACAUUAUUUCAAGACCCAGACCCAAGUCAAAGAUGGCAUAAUUCAUGAUCGUGAUGUCUUUAAUCUUGUUGAUGGUGCAAUUGCAGCUAACAAUCCGGCCCUUAUUGCUACAAGUGAAGUGACAAAACUAAUAUACAGAGAAGACCCAGAUUUCUACCCAAUCAAGACCUCUGAUUAUAGAAAAAUUUUGGUGAUCUCAAUAGGCACUGGAAAAGGAAAACCAAACUAUAAUGCUAAAACUGCAUCCAAAUGGGGUAUAGUCGGAUGGCUGUUUAGUGAAGGUUCAAAUCCAAUUAUUGAUGCUUUUACUGAUGCUAGUGAUGAUAUGGUUGAUUAUCAUAUUUCUGUUGCUUUCCAAGCUCUUCGUUCUGAAGAACAUUACCUUCGUAUUCAGGUAUAG